AUGAGCUGGUGGUGGUCAAGAGCUAUUGGUGCUGCCAAGAAAAAAGUGGAAGAAGAUGAUGUUCCACAAAAUUGUCAAAGUGUUGCUCUAAUCAUCGGAGUCACUGGCAUCGUCGGCAAUAGUCUUGCAGAGAUCCUCCCUGGCACCGACACUCCGGGCGGACCUUGGAAGGUCUACGGUGUUGCACGCCGCCCUAGACCAUCGUGGAAUGUCGACUACCCUAUUGAAUAUAUCCAGUGUGACAUAUCAAGCCCAGAAGAAACCCAAUCCAAACUCACUCUUCUCACUGAUGUUACUCAUGUUUUCUACGUUACUUGGGCAAUUCGACCUACAGAGCUCGAAAAUUGUGAAAUCAAUGGGAAAAUGUUUCAAAAUGUACUCGAUGCUAUUAUCCCCAAUUGCCCCAAUUUGUCCCAUAUCUGCUUGCAAACGGGUCUAAAAUACUAUCAUGGUUCAUUUGAAUUGUUCGAAAAAAUAGCCCAUGAUACCCCAUAUAAUGAGGGUUUGCCCCGUUUACCCGCACCCAAUUUCUAUUACACCCUGGAGGAUAUCUUGUUUGAGGAGGUGAAGAAAAAAGAAGGAUUAACAUGGUCAAUUCAUAGGCCUGGGUUGAUUUUUGGAUUUUCACCGUAUAGUAUAAUGAACAUUAUUGGAACUCUUUGUAUUUAUGCAACUAUAUGUAAACACGAGGGAUUGCCGUUGAGAUUUCCAGGCUCUAAAUCUGCGUGGGAUGGGUAUUUGUAUUGUUCAGAUGCAGAUUUAAUUGCGGAGCAUCAAAUAUGGGCAUCAGUGGAUCCAAACGCAAAGAAUGAGGCAUUUAAUAUAAGUAAUGGGGAUGUGUUCAAGUGGAAACAUUUGUGGAAAGUUUUAGCUGAGGAGUUUCAAGUGGAAGCUGAAGAAUUUGAUGAAAGUAAGAGAUGGACACUAAUGGAGAUGAUGAAAGACAAAAGAAGAAUUUGGGAAGAGAUUGUGAAGGAGAAUGGAUUGGUAAUAAGUAAAUUGGAGGAGAUUGGAGGUUGGUGGUUUGUUGAUCUUUUUCUUAUUGGAGAGUGUCCAUUGGAUACUAUGAACAAGAGCAAGGAACAUGGUUUUUUGGGUUUUAGAAACUCCAAAAAUGCCUUCAUUUCAUGGAUUAAUAAGAUCAAAACCUGCAAAAUUGUUCCUUAA